AGCCAUGAGCGGCCCAUUCCCCUGAGAAAACCUUAAAACCCUAAUUAUUUUCCCAAUAUAUAUGAUUCAUCAUCUUUCCCCAAAACCCUACACUCACAUUCAGCUCAACCUAUCAGAACAAUGCCGGCUGGGCACGGACUGAGGUCGCGGACCAGAGAUACGUUCUCGCGGCCUUUCAGAAAGAAGGGUCCGACCCAUCUCUCCACCUACCUCCGCACCUACAAAACUGGAGACUAUGUGGAUGUCAAGGUUAACGGGUCGAUCCACAAAGGCAUGCCUCACAAGUUCUACCAUGGUCGAACGGGUCGGGUCUGGAACGUCACCAAGCGCGCCGUCGGCGUUGAAGUCAACAAGCAGGUGGGCAACAGAAUUAUAAGGAAGAGAAUUCAUGUUCACAUUGAACAUGUUCAGCAAUCACGAUGCCAUGAAGAGGUGAUGCUGAGGAUAAAGAAGAACGAUCAGUUGAAAGCUGAAGCGAAGGCGCAGGGUAAAAUCAUAAGCACGAAGCGUCAGCCAGAAGGGCCAAAACCUGGAUUCAUGGUGGGAGGUGCAACAUUAGAGACUGUAACUCCGAUCCCCUAUGACGUUGUCAACGAUCUCAAGGGUGGUUACUAAGGAUUGGCUCUAGGCUUAUCAGUUGUAGCGGAGAGUUGCAAAAUCAGUUAUGGUGGAGAUAAAGGCUGCAGAAUCAGUUGUAGCGGGGAGUUGCAAAAUCAGUUACAAUGGAGAUAAAAAGAGUUGAUUGUAGCAGAGAGUUGCAAAAUCAGUUACGGUGGAGAUAAAGCACUACAAAAAAACGCGAAAAUAGCGGCCAAAAUUAGCGACGGUGAAGCCGCAGCCGGCAAUUACCGACGGCACGGCGGCGGCAAAAACGGCGACCCUCCUUUUGCCUAUUACCGGCGCAUUACCGACGGCAAAACAACCGCCGCUAAUUAGCGGCGGUUGUGUCGUCGCUAAUUUAAAUAUAUGUUAAUUUAAAUACAAAUUAUUUAUUACCGACGGCGUUGCCGCCGCUAAUCACCACCGCCGGUGACAUCCGGCGAUAGCACCACCGCCGUCCGGCCAAAAUUACCGACGGUAAUAUUUACUAAGGUUAUGAAUGGUGUAUAAACUAGAUUGAUAAAAAAAAAUUGAAAAUUAAUAAUAAAUUAAUUAAUAAAUAUUUUUCCGACAUAAAAA